AUUUUAAUUCCCCACAGAGCUCUGUACCAUGGAGUGUGGUAGCCAUGGAGUCUGCUCAAGGGGAAUUUGCCAAUGUGAAGAAGGGUGGGUAGGACCAACAUGUGAAGAACGUUCCUGUCAUUCUCACUGUGCUGAGCAUGGCCAAUGCAAAGAUGGAAAAUGUGAGUGUAGCCCUGGAUGGGAGGGCGACCACUGCACAAUUGCUCACUACUUAGAUGCUGUCCGAGAUGGCUGCCCAGGGCUCUGCUUUGGAAAUGGGCGAUGUACCCUAGAUCAAAAUGGUUGGCACUGUGUGUGUCAGGUGGGUUGGAGUGGGACAGGCUGCAAUGUUGUCAUGGAAAUGCUUUGUGGAGAUAACUUGGACAAUGAUGGAGAUGGUUUGACUGACUGUGUGGACCCUGAUUGUUGUCAACAAAGCAACUGUUAUGUAAGUCCUCUCUGUCAGGGCUCACCAGAUCCUCUUGACCUCAUUCAGCAAAGCCAACCCCUCUUCUCUCAGCAUACUUCAAGGCUCUUCUACGAUCGAAUCAAAUUCCUUAUUGGCAAGGACAGUACUCAUGUCAUUCCUCCAGAGAUCUCGUUUGAAAGCAGGCGUGCUUGUGUGAUUCGAGGUCAAGUUGUGGCCAUAGAUGGAACCCCUCUGGUAGGGGUGAAUGUUAGUUUCUUGCACCACAGUGACUACGGAUUUACCAUCAGCCGUCAAGAUGGAAGCUUUGACCUGGUAGCCAUCGGUGGUAUCUCUAUCAUCCUAAUCUUUGAUCGCUCACCUUUCCUGUCUGAGAAGAGGACACUCUGGUUGCCUUGGAAUCAAUUUAUUGUAGUGGAGAAAGUAACCAUGCAGAGAGUUGUAUCAGACUCACCAUCCUGCGAUAUCUCCAACUUUAUCAGCCCAAAUCCUAUUGUGCUUCCUUCACCGCUCACAUCAUUUGGAGGGUCCUGUCCAGAGAGAGGAACUAUUGUUCCUGAACUGCAGGUUGUACAGGAGGAGAUCCGUAUUCCUUCCAGCUUUGUGAGGCUGAGUUACCUGAGCAGCCGCACCCCCGGGUAUAAAACCCUACUACGGAUCCUUCUGACACAUUCAACCAUUCCCAUGGGAAUGAUUAAAGUACACCUCACAGUAACUGUGGAAGGGCGACUCACACAGAAGUCAUUUCCUGCUGCAAUUAAUCUCGUCUACACAUUUGCUUGGAACAAGACUGACAUCUAUGGACAGAAGGUUUGGGGCCUAGCAGAGGCUUUAGUAUCUGUGGGAUAUGAAUAUGAAACUUGCCCUGACUUUAUCCUCUGGGAGAAAAGGACAGUCAUUUUACAAGGUUUUGAGAUGGAUGCUUCUAACCUAGGAGGCUGGUCGUUGAAUAAGCAUCAUAUUUUGAAUCCUCAAAGUGGAAUCAUACAUAAAGGGAAUGGAGAAAAUAUGUUUAUUUCCCAGCAGCCCCCAGUCAUAUCGACCAUAAUGGGUAAUGGACACCAACGAAGUGUAGCCUGCACCAACUGCAAUGGCCCAGCCCACAACAACAAACUCUUUGCUCCUGUUGCCUUAGCUUCUGGCCCUGAUGGUAGUGUGUAUGUUGGCGACUUCAAUUUUGUAAGGCGAAUAUUUCCCUCAGGAAACUCUGUUAGUAUUUUGGAAUUAAGAAACAGAGAUACCAGACAUAGCACAAGUCCUGCUCACAAAUACUAUCUUGCUAUGGACCCUAUGUCUGAAUCACUUUAUCUAUCAGACACCAAUACUCGAAAAGUCUACAAGUUGAAAUCUCUUGUGGAAAUAAAAGAUCUGUCCAAGAAUUUUGAAGUGGUGGCAGGAACAGGUGACCAAUGCCUUCCCUUUGACCAAAGUCACUGUGGAGAUGGCGGGAGAGCAUCUGAAGCUUCACUGAACAGCCCUCGAGGCAUCACAGUUGAUAGGCAUGGAUUCAUUUACUUUGUGGAUGGGACUAUGAUUCGGAGAAUUGAUGAGAAUGCUGUGAUCACCACCAUAAUCGGCUCGAAUGGUUUGACUUCCACACAGCCACUGAGCUGUGACUCAGGAAUGGACAUCACUCAGGUGAGAUUAGAGUGGCCAACCGACCUUGCAGUUAAUCCCAUGGACAAUUCAUUGUAUGUCUUGGAUAACAACAUUGUGCUGCAAAUCUCUGAGAACAGGCGUGUGCGGAUCAUUGCAGGGCGCCCCAUUCACUGCCAGGUGCCAGGUAUCAAUCAUUUUUUGGUCAGCAAGGUGGCAAUUCACUCCACUCUGGAGUCAGCUAGGGCUAUCAGUGUCUCCCACAGCGGACUGCUCUUCAUAGCUGAAACAGACGAGAGGAAAGUAAAUCGAAUUCAGCAAGUUACCACCAAUGGGGAGAUCUCUAUCAUGGCUGGUGCCCCCACUGACUGUGACUGCAAAAUUGAUCCCAACUGUGACUGUUUCUCAGGUGAUGGUGGCUAUGCUAAAGAUGCGAAGAUGAAAGCCCCUUCCUCCUUAGCAGUGUCGCCUGAUGGUACCCUCUAUGUAGCAGACCUUGGGAACGUUCGAAUUCGUACCAUUAGCAGGAACCAAGCCCACCUGAAUGACAUGAACCUUUAUGAGAUUGCUUCACCUGCUGAUCAAGAACUCUACCAGUUCACUGUCAAUGGAACCCACCUGCACACCUUGAACUUGAUAACAAGGGACUAUGUGUAUAAUUUCACCUACAAUGCUGAAGGUGACUUGGGUGCCAUUACCAGUAGCAAUGGCAACUCAGUGCAUAUUCGCCGGGAUGCAGGCGGAAUGCCCCUUUGGCUUGUGGUACCUGGUGGACAGGUGUACUGGCUGACCAUAAGCAGCAAUGGAGUCCUGAAAAGAGUGUCAGCCCAAGGCUAUAACCUGGCCUUGAUGACCUAUCCAGGAAACACAGGGCUGCUGGCUACCAAAAGUAAUGAAAAUGGAUGGACAACUGUUUAUGAGUAUGACCCCGAGGGACAUCUGACCAAUGCAACAUUUCCCACUGGAGAGGUCAGCAGCUUUCACAGUGACCUGGAGAAGCUGACAAAAGUGGAGCUAGAUACUUCCAACCGUGAAAAUGUCCUCAUGUCAACCAACUUGACAGCAACCAGUACCAUAUAUAUUUUAAAACAAGAAAAUACCCAAAGUACCUACCGGGUGAGUCCAGACGGCUCCCUACGUGUCACAUUUGCCAGCGGCAUGGAGAUCAGCCUCAGCUCAGAGCCCCACAUCCUGGCCGGGGCAGUGAACCCCACCUUGGGCAAGUGCAACAUCUCGCUGCCAGGAGAACACAACGCAAAUCUCAUUGAAUGGCGGCAGCGGAAGGAGCAAAACAAAGGCAACAUUUCAGCUUUUGAAAGGAGACUGAGGGCCCAUAACAGAAACCUGCUCUCUAUAGAUUUUGAUCAUAUAACUCACACAGGAAAGAUCUAUGAUGACCAUCGGAAAUUCACCCUUCAAAUUCUUUAUGACCAAACUGGGAGACCUGUCCUAUGGUCUCCCGUAAGCAGAUAUAAUGAAGUGAAUAUCACAUAUUCUUCUUCGGGACUGGUGACAUUUCUUCAAAGAGGGAUGUGGAAUGAAAAAAUGGAAUAUGACCAAAGUGGAAAAAUAAUUUCAAGAACUUGGGCUGAUGGGAAAAUUUGGAGCUAUACCUACUUAGAAAAGUCCGUGAUGCUUCUCUUACAUAGCCAGCGCCGUUACAUCUUUGAGUAUGACCAAUCGGAUUGUCUGUUCUCAGUCACCAUGCCUAGUAUGGUGCGCCACAGCUUACAAACCAUGCUUUCAGUGGGCUACUACCGGAACAUCUAUACCCCACCAGACAGUACCACUUCUUUUAUCCAGGACUAUAGUCAAGAUGGCCGACUACUACAGACCCUGCAUCUAGGGACAGGGCGCAGAGUUUUAUACAAGUACACCAAGCAAGCAAGACUGUCUGAGAUUCUGUAUGAUACCACUCAGGUCACAUUAACAUAUGAAGAGUCUUCUGGAGUGAUUAAGACAAUACACCUGAUGCACGAUGGCUUCAUUUGCACAAUCAGAUACAGGCAAACAGGACCUCUUAUUGGACGCCAGAUUUUCCGAUUCAGUGAAGAAGGUCUUGUGAAUGCUCGGUUUGACUACAGCUACAACAACUUCCGUGUCACAAGCAUGCAAGCUGUGAUAAAUGAAACCCCUUUGCCUAUAGACCUGUACCGAUAUAUUGAUGUAUCUGGUAGAACAGAGCAGUUUGGAAAAUUCAGUGUGAUUAAUUACGACUUAAAUCAAGUCAUCACUACUACAGUGAUGAAGCACACUAAGAUUUUCAGUGCCAAUGGACAAGUUAUUGAAGUCCAAUAUGAAAUCCUAAAGGCAAUUGCCUACUGGAUGACUAUUCAAUAUGAUAAUAUGGGCCGUAUGGUAAUAUGUGAUAUAAGAGUAGGAGUAGAUGCCAAUAUAACAAGAUACUUCUAUGAAUACGAUGCUGAUGGGCAACUUCAAACUGUUUCUGUAAAUGAUAAAACCCAAUGGCGUUACAGUUAUGAUCUGAAUGGCAACAUCAACCUCUUAAGCCAUGGGAAUAGUGCUCGUCUUACUCCUCUCCGAUAUGACCUCCGGGAUCGCAUCACCAGGCUAGGAGAAAUUCAGUAUAAAAUGGAUGAAGAUGGCUUUCUGAAGCAGAGAGGAAAUGACAUCUUUGAAUAUAAUUCUAAUGGUCUGCUGCAGAAAGCCUACAAUAAGGCUUCUGGCUGGAGUGUGCAAUAUUACUAUGAUGGGCUUGGGCGACGUGUUGCCAGUAAGUCCAGCCUACGGCAGCACCUCCAGUUCUUUUAUGCAGACCUUGCCAAUCCCAUAAGAGUUACUCAUUUGUACAACCACACAAGCUCAGAGAUUACAUCCUUGUAUUAUGAUCUCCAAGGUCACCUUAUUGCCAUGGAGCUAAGCAGUGGUGAAGAAUAUUAUGUAGCCUGUGAUAAUACAGGCACCCCGCUAGCUGUGUUCAGCAGUCGAGGUCAAGUGAUAAAAGAGAUAUUGUACACACCUUAUGGAGAUAUCUAUCAUGACACUUACCCUGACUUUCAGGUCAUCAUUGGUUUUCAUGGAGGACUUUAUGAUUUCCUUACUAAAUUAGUGCACCUGGGGCAAAGGGAUUAUGAUGUUGUUGCUGGUAGAUGGACGACACCUAAUCAUCAUAUAUGGAAACAGUUGAACAUCCUUCCUAAACCAUUCAACCUCUACUCCUUUGAAAAUAACUACCCAGUUGGCAAAAUUCAAGAUGUUGCAAAGUACACUACAGACAUUGGAAGUUGGUUGGAGCUAUUUGGUUUCCAGUUACACAAUGUACUACCUGGAUUUCCUAAACCAGAAUUAGAAAAUUUGGAAUUAACUUAUGAGCUUCUACAGCUUCAGACAAAAACUCAAGAGUGGGAUCCUGGAAAGACUAUCUUGGGUAUUCAGUGUGAGCUUCAGAAACAGCUCAGGAAUUUCAUUUCCUUGGACCAACUUCCUAUGACUCCCAGAUAUAAUGAACGGUGCCUUGAAGGAGGGAAACAACCAAGGUUUGCCGCUGUUUCUUCUGUUUUUGGAAAAGGUAUAAAAUUUGCUAUCAAGGAUGGCAUAGUAACAGCUGACAUCAUAGGAGUAGCCAAUGAAGAUAGCAGGCGGCUUGCUGCCAUUCUCAAUAAUGCUCACUACCUGGAAAACCUACAUUUUACCAUAGAUGGGAGGGACACUCACUAUUUCAUUAAGCUUGGGUCUCUGGAGGAAGACCUGGUGCUCAUCGGUAACACUGGGGGGAGGCGGAUUCUAGAGAAUGGGGUUAAUGUCACUGUGUCCCAGAUGACUUCUGUGUUGAAUGGGAGGACUAGACGGUUUGCAGAUAUCCAGCUCCAGCAUGGAGCUCUCUGCUUCAACAUCAGAUAUGGGACAACUGUCGAAGAGGAGAAGAAUCACGUGUUGGAGAUCGCCAGACAGCGCGCGGUAGCCCAGGCCUGGACUAAGGAACAAAGAAGGCUGCAAGAAGGGGAGGAGGGGAUUCGGGCGUGGACAGAGGGGGAAAAGCAGCAGCUUUUGAGCACUGGGAGGGUACAAGGUUAUGAUGGGUAUUUUGUUUUGUCUGUUGAGCAGUAUUUAGAACUUUCUGACAGUGCCAACAAUAUUCACUUCAUGAGACAGAGCGAAAUAGGCAAGAGGUAACAAAAAAAAUAUCUGCCUUUGCGUCACCAAAGACUGCCUGUUUUUAAAACAAAAAAUGGCUUAUUGUAUUGGUUUUCUAGAUCAGAACUCUGUAUAUGUAAAUAUGGAGGAAAAACAUAUCCAACUGCCUUUCAAUGUGACGGAAGAUGGUAUUUUAAUAUUGUUUGUUUAAACUAUUUAAGAAAUGACCGAGAUUUUUAGUUCCUCUGUGCCAGUGUUCAAAGUAACACAAGUAAAAUUAAAACAGUAAAAACAAAAAGUUUUCAGAAAGCACCACUUUAAAGUUGUUGAGCCAUGCAUAUUUAUGCUCAAGUAUACAAAAACAAACCCAACGUUCUGUAUCUCUAUCGGGACACAAAGUUUCAUAUUUAACUGUUGGCAGAACUUGCAGGCUAUUUGGAAAGGUGGUGCAAUAGGAUCUGAACCUUGCAUUUUGAAAGACUGCCAACCCUUUCACAUUUUCCAGAUUUGUUAUAGGAAACUUAAAAAGAAGUAUAAAAUGUCCUCAGCCAUCCUCUCCUAGAGUCAAGAACCAUUUGCCCUUCCUUCCUGAUUAUUCCUCCUUGCUUGUUAAAGUAAAUUCUAUGUUGUUGUGCUGUGUUUUGGCGUGUGGUGGCUGGGUUCUGUCUACCAUGUUUCUCUGUGGGUGUGGUACCCAGACCGAAUUACCACUAUUUGCUUGUGUGAACAUGAUACCAAGGCAGCUGGCCAUUGUAAUUUCUCCCACACAACCUGUUUUGACUACAUUUUUUUACUAAAUUGUCCAGCUGUAUUGGCAUCAUGUAAAUGCUUUUAUUAACCUGGGUAGGAAUUUCUCAUUUAUAUAUAGGGUGUGUUUUUGUCAUAGUUUCACAUUAGUGAUUCAGCAUUUAUACACUAAUCCAGUGGUUUUGUGCACACAAGAGGUAAUUUACUGCAAAGUAUGAUUCUGGUACAAAAAAAGGAAGCUUUAGCAUGCCUACAUGUUUGGGAUAUCAAUAAAUUACAUUCACUACUACUGCAGAACCAUAAGAGCCAAAACCUUAAAAAAAUAGACCUAGUACUAAGGUUAAAAAGAAAGUACCAAAGGGUAGACCAAACUAAACAUCACAGUAGUUGCUCUACAUUGUUUCACCCCACUUUGAUUUAUCUUUCAAAUGUACAAUUCUCUAUUGAACAUCUCCCAGCCAUAGUCAGGAAAUUUAAUUAAGCGUGCCCUUUCCAACCUAAAACAUUUCAACUAAUUGUAGAGAGGCAGACUAUUUUUUACCAAAACAAUUUAUAUGAUUACUUAUUUUAAUUCUCUGUCUUUGUCCACUUAGUUUGAUUUAAUCAUCUCUCCUGCCUAGGAAGAUAACUGUUUCCCAGGGAGGGUGAUUUUAUUCUGCAAUCAUUUAAAAUUUGGGAAAAGCGCAGGAUUAGCAUUAAUAUCAGCUGCAGUUUCUGAAUCUCUAUGAAUCCUGUAGUAAAAGAAGACUUGGUGAGCUGGGAGAUUUGUGCCCAGUGACGAAGAGACAGUUUAUAAAAUGCUGUGUAAUUGUAAGUUACCACAAAUGAAAAUAAAUUACAUUUGUUUUCAUUUGUGGUAAUGAAUUUUCUAGAAAAUUCCCCUGAGCCACCUUCAUCACAGAGUCUGGACAUUUGCUAUGUCUGAAGGAGAAUUUAUGUUGGAAUGCUGCAGUUUGGAUUAUUUCCACCUACUACCUAAAUGCAGUGUGGAGUCAUUACUUUGCUUGUGAUGACAGUGUCUUUGAAAAGAUGCAAAGUCAGAAUCCAGGCUCAGGAUAAGGUUUUAAGGAGUCUGGCUCCUUACUACAAAAAGUAGAGUGAAAGAAAGACAAGGACCAGCAGACGGUAGGACAGGGUGUAUCCAAACAUUUCAUUUUCAAAACCUUCAGGUUGGGAUUACCACCUUCUUACACAUGUAUUGAGAGAAGGAGAGAGAGAAAGGAUUCAUAAUGAACUCAUCUCUUUUAUUUUUAAUUGGAAGUGCACCAGUUUAAGAGAUGACUAAUCCAGGCUACUAUCAUCAUUGUAGAUUUCUUUUUUUUUUUCUGAAUUAGGCCUGUGUUAAUGGUACAGGAUGGCAUUCAGGACGGGAUUCUAAAAUGACUAACAAACUUGUUGAAAAUUUGGAUACCUCCACAUCAACCUAAAAAUGAACCUUAAGUUCCUAGAACAUCUGAUGUUCUUUUAAAUUAAUGAAAAAAUUAUUUGUGAACUAUAUACAGAGCACAUUCAUAAAUGUGAUGAAGUAUUUUAUCACUAAUGCAAAAUGUCAAUAUUAGUCUAUUUUGCUUCUAUUUUAAGCUAUUAUACGUUUUGCAAUUCACUGAUGAUGUAUCAUUUUCAAACUUCUUUAAAUAUCCAUUAGAAACAAAUAUUUGAAUCUUUUUCUUUUUUUUUUUUAAAGACUUUUUUU